CUUUAUACUUAAGCCACCAUGUCCCAUGAGCUGCGUUAACAUAUAAGGUUCUUCCAAACAAAUUAGAGUAUUUCUUGGCUUGCAAGAAUCCGUCUCUAAGGUAAGAGUUGGUUUUGUUUUUUACUCUUUUUUUCCGAGGUAAAGUAAGAAAGGAAAAAAAUAAAUAGAAAAUAGUACUCUUGUGUAUUUACGAAAUUAGUAAAAAAGGUAUUAAAUUAGGAAACAGUCGAUUAUGGAAAUUUUCCGAAUAGAGAAUCAAAUCAGUAAAUAUGGGAGAUGAAAAGAGUGCACUCGUAUAAAGAGGACGAUGCAAACAAUCUCUGUCUGUGUGUGUAAUUGUGUUUCUUUUCUUAGAAUAGCAAAUAUGGGAGGCACAAAACGUAAGAUCGAUAUUGAGAACAUCGAAAGGAAAGAUAGGAAAACGGUUGCUUUCACAAAACGCAAAGAAGGUCUCUUCCGUAAAGCUUCAAAGCUCUGUCUUCUCUCUCCAGCCACUCGAAUCGCAAUCUUAGCGACUCCUCUUACUGCCAACUCUCACGCUUCAUUCUACUCGUUAGGCCAUCCCUCUGUUGAUCACGUUGUCUCUACGCUGCUCAACGGCCAGCCUCCGGCAAACCAAUUAGAGAACAACAGUUCAUCAGGGUUAGGGUUUUGGUGGGAAGACAGAGGUUUUGACGUAUCAGAGAACGUGGACGAGUUGAAAGAGGCGGUCGAUGCUGUUUCUAGUAUGUUGAAUUAUGCGAGGCUCCGGUUAGAUGAUGCCGUGAAGAGCAAUCAAAGAGGUAUGAAUUUAGUGAUUCAUCAAGAGAAGGGGAAGGAGAUUCUUCGGCUUGGCAACGAAGACACAAAUCAGAUUCACAAAUUCGAACAAGGUGAAACUUCUGCUUCUGCGAGUUUGUUAAAGAACGAGGAGGAUACUCUACACAUCGAUGAUUAUUUUACUGAUUUCCACAUUGAUCCAUUCUGAUUCGAUCAAUCUACACAAAUCAUUUUGUUUUAGGAUUUCUUUUUUAUAUAAUUUUGUUGGUUCGGAAUGAAGCUACGUACUAAACUAAAACAAGAAUCUUGUUCAGUUUGAUUGAAACUGAUAUACAUAAAAUAACAAAAAGAAAAAAAAA